CACGAACAUUUCACCAUACCACACCUUUUAAUCUGCUUUCUCCAAAGCUUUCAAGCGUAUAAGAGAGAGAGAAACAUAGGGGACAGGUCUAAUCCACUUCGCCAGAACAUAGUUUCUUGCUCUUCACUCUUUUUGAAGCAACUUCAAGUGAUAAGACUUUGCUUAUAACCUAUAAGCGAAAGAGUUAGAGGUUUUUGUUUUUCUGGUAUUGCUGUUUGAGAGAGUCAAAAAGCAGCAAAGCAUGUUGCCAAAGUUCGAUCCAACAAACCCAAAGGCUUGCCUUUCUCUUCUUGAGGAUGUGACAACCAACGUAAAGCAGAUUCAAGAUUCCGUGUUGGAAGCAAUACUUUCAAGUAAUGCUCAAACCGAGUACAUUAGUGGUUUCCUCAACGGUCAGCUCGAUAAGCAAAGCUUCAAGAAGAACCUACCCAUUGUGACCUACGAAGACUACCGGUCUUAUAUCGAUCGCAUCGCUAAUGGAGAGCCCUUUAGUCUCAUCUGCGCUCGACCCAUCAGUCUUUUCUUGGCCAGCACAGGUACUUCAGGGGGAGUUCCAAAGUUGAUUCCUUUGACAGCAGAGGACAUGGAACAGAGGAUAAUGUUUGCAUCUCUCUAUGCACCUCUAGUUUUCAAGGAUCGAGUACAGAUAAGCCCGCAUGCGAUUUCAACUUGUGAAGACACAGCUCAGGGGAUGUACUGCCAACUGCUUUGUGGGCUUCUACAACGAGAACACGUAGCUCGAGUCGGUGCACCUUUUGCUUCUUCUUUCCUCAAAGUAAUCAAUUUCUUGGAAGAUCACUGGAGUGAGCUGUGCUCCAACAUAAGGACUGGUCGUGUCAGUGACUGGAUCACAGAGGAUCAAUGUGUUUCAGGGGUCAGUAAGUUCCUCAGCGCUCCAAAUCCAGAACUAGCGAGCCUGAUAGAGCAAGAAUGCAGUAAAACAUCAUGGGAGGCAAUAGUGAGGAGAAUAUGGCCAAAUGCAAAAUGCAUUGAAGCCGUUAUUACCGGUUCCAUGGCGCAGUACAUACCGUUGCUGGAGUUCUAUGGCGGAGGUCUUCCUUUGGUUUCAUCGUCUUACGGUAGCUCAGAGUGUUUCAUCGGUAUCAAUGUCAAUCCUAUGAGCAAGCCUUGUGAUGUUUCCUACACCAUCAUUCCAAAUAUGGGCUACUUCGAGUUCUUAGAGGUCGAGAAAAACCAUGUAGAAGCUGGUCGUGAUAUAGCAAAGAACCCUGCGGUCGUCGAUCUUGUCGAUGUAAAAAUCGGUCAUGAUUAUGAACUCAUUAUCACAACUUUUUCUGGUUUGUAUAGGUACCGUUUGGGGGAUGUUUUACGAGUGACUGGUUUCUACAACAAUGCGCCACAGUUUUAUUUCGUGGGAAGACAGAAAGUUGUUCUGAGCAUCGACGUGGACAAGACCUACGAAGAAGACCUCCUCAAGGCAGUGACAAACGCGACCCUGUUGCUCGAGCCACAUGACCUGAUGCUCAUGGAUUUCACUAGCCGCGUGGAUACCUCCACGUCCCCAGGACACUACGUGCUCUAUUGGGAACUCGGGAGAAAGUUCAAGGACGGUAAGCUCGAGCCUGACCCGGAAGUUAUGGAGGAAUGCUGCUUCACCGUCGAGGAGUCUCUAGACUCUGUGUACAGAAAAUUACGAAAGUAUGAUAAGAACAUUGGUCCACUUGAGAUUAAGGUUGUUAGGCGUGGCGCUUUCGACCAGCUCAUGAACUUCUUCUUGUCUCGAGGCUCUUCCCUGAGUCAGUACAAGACGCCGAGGUCCGUGAUGAAUGAAGAAGCCUUGAAGAUGUUGGAGGCGACGGUUGUUUCCAAGUUUCUUAGCCAGAAAUCUCCGUCGUGGGAGCCACGUGAGAUGCACUCUGGCCGAUGAAACCGUAGUCACAUAAUGUGUGAGACUUGAGGUAGAGAUGAGCGGAAAGAAUAAUUAUAGAUAAACAAAAACCCGUAAUAAAUAAUAUAUGACAAAAUUACAUAAUCGAAUUAAUAUACAAGUCCAUAAAAAUAUUCGAGUAAGUUCAAUAAAUAUUUUCUGUUCCUAUACAGAUGGGAGACCUGCUCUUAUAAAGGAUGUGCUGAACUAGACCAGCUUCUUCUACUGUAAACUUGGUUAGAUUGAUUACUUGAUUCAUGGUUCGAUUAUGGGCUUAUUAUGGGCUUUUCCAAUUUAAGCGUUAUGGUUAUGUGAAAUAUACUGGGUUGGGCUCUGUAAUUUUUACCCAUCUCAUGCGAAGCCAUUUCCUUUAAAUUUAUUCCGCCAAUUAUAUGGUGGAGUUUAGCAAAGCCUGCUCCAAUCAUAUGGCGUAUAUUAGUAAAUGACAAA